UUUUUGGAAACAAGUGUUGACUCUCUAGUUCUUUGUACUUUUAAUUAUUUAAGUAUACGAUUUAAUUGUAUUCUUUAAAGAUAUUAAGUAUAUUUUAAUGGAAAUUUAACCUCAAACUAUAUGUUUAUGGGUGAAAUUGAAGGAGCUUCAGUUAACAGAGGUUACUGGUGUGUUGGAUGUUUAAUUCAGCACCGGCAUUGCAUGACAGUUGUUGGAAUAACAAUUGGUUUAUUUUUAAAACCACACCUUUUUAAAAUUUAAGCUCAAAUAGUAAGAAUCGUAAUAGCAGUUAAAAGAAAACCAGCAGAACUCGAAGCCAACAUGUCGGGAGAAGUGCGUUUGAGGCAGUUGGAACAGUUUAUUUUGGAUGGGCCCGCUCAGACCAAUGGACAGUGCUUCAGUGUGGAGACCUUACUGGAUAUACUCAUCUGCCUUUAUGAUGAAUGCAAUAAUUCUCCAUUGAGAAGAGAGAAGAACAUUCUUGAAUACCUAGAAUGGGCUAAGCCAUUUACCUCUAAAGUGAAACAGAUGCGAUUACACAGAGAAGACUUUGAAAUAUUAAAGGUGAUUGGUCGCGGAGCUUUUGGGGAGGUUGCUGUAGUAAAACUAAAAAAUGCAGAUAAAGUAUUUGCCAUGAAAAUUUUGAAUAAGUGGGAAAUGCUAAAAAGAGCUGAGACAGCAUGCUUUCGUGAAGAAAGGGAUGUGUUAGUGAAUGGAGACAAUAAGUGGAUAACAACUUUGCACUAUGCUUUCCAGGAUGACAAUAACUUAUACCUGGUUAUGGAUUAUUAUGUUGGUGGGGAUUUGCUUACUCUGCUCAGCAAAUUUGAAGAUAGAUUGCCCGAAGAUAUGGCUCGGUUUUACUUGGCUGAGAUGGUGAUAGCAAUUGACUCAGUUCAUCAGCUCCAUUAUGUACACAGAGACAUUAAACCUGACAACAUAUUGAUGGAUAUGAAUGGACAUAUUCGUUUAGCAGAUUUUGGUUCUUGUCUGAAGCUGAUGGAAGAUGGAACGGUCCAAUCCUCAGUUGCAGUUGGGACUCCAGAUUAUAUUUCUCCUGAAAUUCUUCAAGCUAUGGAAGAUGGAAAAGGCAGAUAUGGACCUGAGUGUGACUGGUGGUCUUUAGGGGUCUGUAUGUAUGAAAUGCUUUAUGGAGAAACACCAUUCUAUGCAGAAUCUCUGGUGGAGACAUAUGGAAAGAUCAUGAACCACAAAGAGAGGUUUCAGUUUCCACCCCAAGUAACUGAUGUGUCUGAAAAUGCUAAGGAUCUUAUUCGAAGGCUCAUCUGUAGCCGAGAACAUCGGCUUGGUCAAAAUGGAAUAGAAGACUUUAAGAAGCACCCAUUUUUUAGUGGAAUUGAUUGGGACAAUAUUCGAAACUGCGAAGCACCUUAUAUUCCAGAAGUUAGUAGCCCAACAGACACAUCAAAUUUUGAUGUGGAUGAUGACUGCUUAAAAAAUUCUGAAACAAUGCCCCCACCAACACAUACUGCAUUUUCUGGCCAUCACCUUCCAUUUGUUGGUUUUACAUAUACUAGUAGCUGUGUUCUUUCUGAUCGGAGCUGUUUAAGAGUUACAGCUGGGCCCACCUCACUGGAUCUUGAUGUUAAUGUCCAGAGGACUCUAGAUAACAACUUAGCAACAGAAGCUUAUGAAAGAAGAAUUAAGCGUCUUGAACAGGAAAAACUUGAACUUACUAGAAAGCUUCAAGAGUCAACACAGACUGUUCAAGCUCUUCAGUAUUCAACUGUUGAUGGUCCAUUAACAGCAAGCAAAGAUUUAGAAAUAAAAAACCUUAAAGAAGAGAUUGAAAAACUAAGGAAACAAGUAGCAGAGUCAAGUCAUUUGGAACAGCAACUUGAAGAAGCUAAUUCUGUGAGACGAGAACUAGAUGAUGCUUUUAGACAAAUCAAAGCUUAUGAAAAGCAAAUCAAAACAUUGCAACAAGAAAGGGAAGAGCUAAAUAAGGAACUAGUCCAGGCUAGUGAGCGAUUAAAAAACCAAUCCAAAGAGCUGAAAGACGCACACUGUCAGAGGAAACUGGCCAUGCAGGAAUUCAUGGAGAUCAAUGAGCGACUAACAGAAUUGCACACCCAAAAACAGAAACUUGCACGCCAUGUCCGAGAUAAGGAAGAAGAGGUGGACCUGGUGAUGCAAAAAGUUGAAAGCUUAAGGCAAGAACUGCGCAGAACAGAAAGAGCCAAAAAAGAGCUGGAAGUUCAUUCAGAAGCUCUAGCUGCUGAAGCAGCAAAAGACAGGAAACUGCGUGAGCAGAGUGAGCGCCACUCCAAACAGCUGGAGAGUGAUUUGGAAGGACUGAAGCAAAAACAAAUUAGUUACUCACCAGGAGUGUACAGCAUAGAACAUCAGCAAGAGAUAACCAAACUGAAAACUGAUUUGGAAAAGAAGAGCAUCUUUUAUGAAGAAGAAAUAUCUAAAAGAGAAGGGAUACAUGCAAAUGAGAUUAAAAAUCUGAAGAAGGAACUGCAUGAUUCUGAAGGCCAGCAGCUGGCUCUCAACAAAGAAAUUAUGGUCUUAAAAGACAAACUGGAAAAAACUAGAAGAGAAAGCCAAAGUGAAAGGGAAGAAUUUGAAAAUGAGUUUAAACAACAAUAUGAACGAGAAAAAGUAUUAUUAACUGAAGAAAAUAAGAAGUUGACAAGUGAACUUGAUAAGCUCACCACUUUGUAUGAGAACUUAAGCAUGCGCAAUCAGCAGCUAGAAGAAGAGGUGAAAGAUCUGGCAGACAAGAAAGAAUCGGUUGCACAUUGGGAAGCCCAAAUCACAGAAAUAAUUCAGUGGGUCAGUGAUGAGAAGGAUGCACGAGGGUAUCUUCAGGCUUUAGCUUCUAAAAUGACUGAAGAAUUAGAAACAUUGAGAAAUUCCAGCCUGGGUACACGAGCAACAGAUAUGCCCUGGAAAAUGCGCCGUUUUGCAAAACUGGAUAUGUCAGCUAGACUAGAGUUGCAGUCAGCUCUGGAUGCAGAAAUUAGAGCCAAGCAGGCUAUCCAAGAAGAACUGAACAAAGUGAAAGCGUCUAACAUCGUAACAGAAUGUAAAUUGAAAGAUUCUGAAAAGAAGAACUUGGAACUACUCUCAGAAAUUGAACAACUGAUAAAGGACUCCGAAGAGCUUAGAUCUGAAAAGGGUAUAGAGCACCAAGACUCACAGCGUUCUUUCUUGGCAUUUUUGAAUACGCCUACCGAUGCUCUGGAUCAAUUUGAAGAUUCCUUUUCUUCUUCAUCAUCCUCACUGAUUGAUUUUUUGGAUGACAUUGCAGACAGUGCUCCACCUCCAGCUCAUACGCCCACAUUGAAGAAAAAGGGAUGCCCUGGCUCCACCGGCUUCCCACCUAAGCGCAAGACUCACCAGUUUUUUGUAAAAUCUUUUGCUACCCCCACUAAAUGCCAUCAGUGCACCUCUUUGAUGGUGGGCUUGAUAAGGCAAGGCUGCUCCUGUGAAGCAUGUGGAUUCUCAUGUCAUAUUACUUGUGUGAACAAAGCUCCAACUGCAUGUCCUGUUCCUCCUGAACAGACAAAGGGUCCACUUGGUAUAGAUCCACAAAAAGGAAUAGGAACAGCAUAUGAAGGUCAUGUCAGAAUCCCUAAGCCAGCAGGAGUGAAGAAAGGGUGGCAGAGAGCACUGGCUGUAGUUUGUGACUUCAAACUCUUCCUGUAUGACAUUGCUGAAGGAAAAGCAUCUCAGCCCAGUGUUGUCAUUAGUCAAGUGAUAGACAUGAGAGAUGAAGAAUUUUCUGUGAGUUCAGUCUUGGCUUCUGAUGUUAUUCAUGCAAGUCGAAAAGAUAUACCCUGUAUAUUUAAAGUCACAGCUUCCCAGCUCUCAGCAUCUAAUAACAAAUGUUCAAUCCUGAUGCUAGCAGAUAGUGAGAACGAGAAGAGUAAGUGGGUAGGAGUGCUGAGUGAAUUACACAAGAUUUUGAAGAAAAACAAAUUCAGAGACCGUUCAGUGUAUGUUCCCAAAGAGGCUUAUGACAGCACUCUACCCCUCAUUAAAACAACGCAGGCAGCUGCAAUCAUAGAUCAUGAAAGGAUAGCUUUGGGAAAUGAAGAAGGGUUAUUUGUUGUGCAUGUCACUAAAGAUGAAAUUAUUAGAGUUGGUGACAAUAAGAAGAUUCAUCAGAUUGAACUCAUCCCAAGUGACCAGCUUGUUGCUGUGAUCUCAGGAAGAAAUCGUCAUGUACGACUUUUUCCUAUGUCAACUUUAGACGGACGAGAGACAGAUUUUUACAAGCUGGCAGAAACUAAAGGGUGUCAGACCAUAACUUCUGGGAAGGUGCGCCAUGGAGCUCUGACCUGCUUGUGUGUGGCUAUGAAAAGGCAGGUCCUCUGUUAUGAACUGUUUCAAAGCAAGACCCGUCACCGGAAAUUUAAGGAAAUUCAAGUCCCAUAUAAUGUCCAGUGGAUGGCCAUCUUCAGUGAACAACUUUGUGUUGGAUUCCAGUCAGGAUUUCUCAGAUACCCUUUGAAUGUAGAAGGAAAUCCGUGCAAUAUGCUCCAUUCGAGUGACCACACGCUGUCAUUCAUUACACAUCAACCAAUGGAUGCUAUCUGUGCAGUUGAGAUCUCCAGUAAAGAAUAUCUGCUGUGUUUUAGCAGCAUUGGGAUAUACACUGACUGCCAGGGCCGAAGGUCUAGACAACAGGAAUUGAUGUGGCCAGCUAAUCCUUCCUUUUGUUGUUACAAUGCACCUUAUCUCUCAGUUUAUAGUGAAAAUGCAGUUGAUAUCUUUGAUGUAAAUUCCAUGGAAUGGAUUCAGACUCUUCCUCUCAAAAAGGUUCGACCUUUAAACACUGAAGGAUCAUUAAAUCUUUUGGGGUUGGAGACCAUUAGGUUAAUAUAUUUCAAAAAUAAGAUGGCAGAAGGGGAUGAACUUGUAGUUCCAGAAACGUCAGAUAAUAGUCGGAAACAAAUGGUUAGAAAUAUCAACAAUAAGCGACGUUACUCCUUCAGAGUCCCUGAGGAGGAGAGGAUGCAGCAGAGAAGGGAGAUGCUACGAGAUCCAGAAAUGAGAAAUAAAUUAAUUUCUAACCCAACUAAUUUUAACCACAUAGCACACAUGGGUCCUGGAGAUGGAAUACAGAUCCUCAAAGACUUGCCCAUGCCAGGUUUCCCUUAUCCAUCCCCUCAUCAUCACGGUCUGAUCUCCUCUCCGAGCAACUUUGAGCACAUCUAUCACAUGACUGUUAAUUCCGCCGAAAAGUUUCUCUCUCCUGAUUCCAUAAACCCUGAGUAUUCCCCGUCCCUGCGCUCUGCCCCUGGUACACCACGCUCUGUGACUCUGAGGAACCCACGCCCUCAGGAAAGUCGGGCAGUAUUCAGUGGCUCGGUCAGUAUUCCUUCCAUCACCAAGUCCCGCCCUGAGCCAGGCCGCUCCAUGAGCGCCAGCAGUGGCCUGUCUGCACGGUCAUCAGCACAGAACGGCAGUGCACUAAAGAGGGAGUUCUCAGGAGGGAGCCACAGUGGGAGGCGGCAGCCCCUGCCCUCCCCGUCAGAGGGCUCUUCGUCAUCAGGAGGCAUGGACCAAGGAAGUGACGCCCCGGCCAGGGGCUAUGAUGGAGAGGACUCAGAUUCUCCAAGGCAUUCCACAGCUUCCAACAGCUCCAACCUGAGCAGCCCCCCAAGCCCUGUUUCACCCCGAAAGACAAAGAGCCUCUCUCUGGAGAGUACCGACCGUGGGAGCUGGGACCCAUGAAGGCAUGGUCUGCAUCCAGCCCCCCUUACUGUAAGCCUCUGCUCCCUAUCUCGCCCCCCCCCCCCCCAGCCAGGAAAGGUCCAGGGGCUGGCAGCAGCCACAGGGUAUGGACUCCGCCCUCUGACAACAUGCCUGGCAGCAGCAUUGCGGGUGACCUUCGUCAGCAGCUGAGACUGGCGUGAUGCCCUCCCACGGGGCUGCUCCCAGGCGCGCAGUCACCUCCCACAGGUCGCUUCACUAGACAGCUGUGCUCUGGCCGCGGCGCCGCAGUGGGGGAUACCUUGCGGCCAGGCCCGCAGCCACCGAGCCAGCGCCAGCCCAGUUGUUGCCAGGAAAUCCUCACGACUUAAAACAAUGCAUAUUUUACUACCGUACAGAGUUUAAAUAAGUACAUAAAUGUAGACACUAAAUACUGAAUGUAUAUAGUUAAAGGAGCACCUUGUAUUCAAUGAGAGAUGGAUGCAUAUAUAAGAGAGUGCUUAAUUUAAAGAAAUGUUGUUUCUUGUCUGUUUCCCAGCUAAGUCAUGUACAGGGUAGAAAGGCCUCAAGUGACAUUUGUAAAGAGACCAGGAGAAGUCAAGGACCCUGUGGUGCCCUGUCCACAGCUGGGACAGGCUGCAGUCACCUGGGGGUCUGUAGAGAGCAUUUGGAGAUUCGGGUGCCAGGGGAUGGAGGACAUCCUGAACACCGUAGUUUGAGCAUUCAAAGCUCCUGUGAGAAGUAGCUUUGAAGGCACUUACCACCUCCCAAGAUAAUUUUUUUUCUAGUAAGAAUUUGAUCUACACUUCCCUCUUAUUUUUUAUCUUGCACAAAUGAAUGUAAAAAAUCUGAUUUUGUCACCUUCUGACCUCUUCUGUCAGAAAGGGCACAGAACGUGGUGGCAUCUGAAGGUCUGCAGUGUGCUUUAUUUUUCCUGGCCAAAUCACAGCCCUCCCCAGUUUCAGUGAGGUGUCUGUCCUGGGUAGAAUCCUUUUGGAUUGAGAGUGGGUGUGAGCUCCUUAGAAGAGCCUGGGGAACCGGCUUUCACUUCAAAAUCAUUAGAAACCUCAAAAGUAGCAGCUUGAACAGCCUUGACCGAAUACUCCUUCCCACAUGCAGUGGAAGGGGAAGUCCCAAGUGUACCCCGUCCUGGCCACUGUGCUGUGGUCAGCCCAGAUUCUUUCGGAAUCUUUUGCACUUGCCCCGGGAAAUGAAAUGGAGAGCCAGGACUCAUUUCUACACAGGUAUGUGACCAGCUAAGCACAUGAGGAGAGGAAGGAGAAAACUACAGUAUCGUGCAAGUAGAGAACCCACCUCCCAACCUAAGUUUCUGAGGAAAAAACAAGACAGGAAAGAAACACUUUUCAAACUGCACCUAAAACAAGUAGUUCCAGAACUGCUAACCUGGCUGUGGUGGCCCAGCUCCAUCUGGCCAGCAGACCUGACUCCCCCAGUUCUGCUUUAAGAGGUGCCGGAAAAAGUUCGGGAGCAAGAAAAGGGAAAGGGCUGUGAAGAACAGUUCUAACACCUCCUAGACACGCUGCCGGCUGCUGGCAUAGUUCACUGUGUAGUUCUCAUUUCCCAGAGCUCUCCGCUGUCAGACAUGCUUGUGUGUCCGAACAUCAAGGGUCAGGCAUGGAGUUUGGUAGUUGCUGUUUGAUUGCUACUGCUGAACCUGGUCCUUACACCAGGUGCGGGGCACACAGCUCCUCUCCUCAGAGCUCCGCUCUUCGCUUUCCACCCUCCACCCACCCCUCCCUCAUCACUCCUCUUUCUAGGCAGAGAAGUGACCCAGGCCUGGAAUGACAGGACUACACACUGAGCCAUUAGUUUCUAGUUUUGAAAACUAAUUGUAAAUUUUUGUUGCCUAUACAUGCUUCUCUGUAAAAGAACCCUUUCAGAAUCACAGCCUAAACCUACCCAAAGUGUGGCUCCCCUGCAGGGAGUCCUGCCCAGUUCUGCCAGCAGAGUGUGUCACAGGAGCCCUGGGGCUCACACUCAGCUCCUGCUGGAUUUCCCACUGCAGUUACGUCUCACUGGGCCACCAAAAGUAGCUCCCAGCCCAAAGCGUGUGAAGACUCUGCCAGCAGGACUGAGGUGCAGAACCCACCAGGGGAGUAGUAAGUAGUGCCUGGGGAAAUCUUCCUCAGAUAAUGAUUGUCCUGCUGGACUUACCGCCGCGGCCCCACCUUACUAUGAAGCUAAUGUGAAGCUUUAAAAGAAGAGCAAUUGGAGAUGGUGGGGAAUAGACUAAAAGACAGGGAAAAAAACAAAACAAAAAUCUCUCAAAGAAAUCAGUAGCAAAGACCACAUAAAAGCUGAUUUGCUCUGAAAUAUUUGAGGUCUUUUUUUUUUUUUUUAAAGUCCAUGCAGGACAUUUAAAAAAAUCUGUGUGGUCACAGGAACUUCUCAGUUAAAGGGAAAAGUACGUUCAGAGGCAUUUCUGGCAUAGUGAAUGUGGGUUAGUACUUGGUGCUAUGUCCAGCUAAUUUAUGUCCUUUGAAUUCUAGACAAUUUGUCAUGUUCUUUUUGGGUGUACAAAAUAAAAUACAUAUUCCUUUUGCCAAAAACAAAGCCUUCCUCUUUUUCAAAUGAUUUCUAAAGAGCAGAAUUUAGUAAGUGUAUGUAUUUACACACACACACAUACACACACACACACACACUCUCUCUCUCUCUCUCCCCACACUUAGCAAUCUGUAUUCUUUCCCAGGGAGCACAGCUUUAACACCGUAUGAUAAAACUAAAGAUGACCCACCUAUUCAGUUUCCAACCAACUCUUAUCCCCAGGCUUCAGGGAGGAACCUGAGAUUCCUCUCAUGUUUACAGCAACCUGUCAUUCCCUGCUAGCUCUUAGCCUCUCUCCUUCCGCAUGGUUCCAUAUCAUGUCAUUUUGUUACUUAGUGGCCACAUGUACUUUUGAGAAAGACCAGCUGGCUUGUGUAGAAUCUCAGGUAUCAUUAAGGAAAAGCCAGAGCAAGGUAGACCGACAUCCGCUCCAAUGCACUGGGUUGCGUGUGGGCCUUGACAGUUACUUGGUUCUCUGUCCCUCCCUCAACCACACCCCCCCCCCCCCCCCCCCCGGAUCCUGACGCUCCUCUGGCAGGUCACUUUUGGCUGCACCUUGAGUCCACUGAGCACAGUAGGGAAUUAGUUGGGCACGUCCUGGCCAGCCUGAGUUAGGCUGCAUGGCAUUUCAUUGCACCCUUUCGAAAUGCUCCUUCCUUGUCAGAACCUUCACUCUUCCCGAGUCCAGACUUCUCUGUGGGGGCCUGCUGGCUAAGGAGAGGCGUAUUCGGACAAGUGCAGUUCCCGCCACCCCCAGGAGGCGGCGCUCUAUGGCUGAGCAUUACACAAGGCACCACUGGGAUUACAGGAGACUGACAAAUCAGCCUUGACAUCUCUGAAAACAAAAUGACCUUCCUUUUGAUUUGAUAGUAUAUUGUCAUUUAUUUUAUUUUAUAAGUUUUUAGGGUGUUUUCUCAUUGUAAUAUUAUUGUACAGUUUUGCAUGGCCUAGGUGUAAUCAUUUUUUAGAAUAUAAUGCUGACCAAUAUGUGUGUAUGGAAGGGGUGAUAAAUCUUUGGCUUCUUACCACAUUUGGUUGGGUUUUAUGCCUUCAGUGACUUGGGAACUUCCUGAGAGAUUCUCUGCUACCAAACAGUGAUGUGGAUUCUUUUGCACACAAAUAUUUAAGGUGGGAUGGUAAAAAAUGUAACAAAGGAUUCCUCACCAGUAUUUUAUGUUGGUAUCACCAAUUAACCAGACUUUGAUGUACCGCAAUAAAAUAAGGAACUGUUA